AAGAGGCUGAUGACGAAAAAAUUGAAACCAAGCCAGUGGUGUCGCAAAAACAGUUUGAUAAGCUUCAAGGAGCCCACAACGACUUCGAGAAGGGUUGCACGCGAGUCAAUGGGCCAAACUUUCGUUAUGGCGAGAUGAACCAGACAACGCGGAGAAACGGUCGUGAUCACAUGAGCGCGCCACCGGCAAAUUUUGCGAAAACCACGCACCCU